AUGACUGUUACUACUCCUUUUGUGAAUGGUACUUCUUAUUGUACCGUCACUGCAUAUUCCGUUCAAUCUUAUAAAGCUGCCAUAGAUUUUUACACCAAGUUUUUGUCACUAGAAAACCGCUCUUCUCCAGAUGAAAACUCCACUUUAUUGUCUAACGAUUCCAUCUCUUUGAAGAUCCUUCUACGCCCUGAUGAAAAAAUCAAUAAAAACGUUGAGGUUCAUUUGAAGGAAUUGAACAGUAUCACCAAGACUCAAGACUGGAGAUCUCAUGCCUCUCAAUCCUUGGUAUUUAACACUUCAGACAUCUUGGCCGUCAAGGACACUUUAAACGCCAUGAACGCUCCUCUUCAAGGCUACCCAACAGAACUUUUUCCAAUGCAAUUGUACACUUUGGACCCAUUAGGUAAUGUUGUUGGUGUUACUUCUACUAAGAAUGCGGUUUCCACCAAACCAACCCCACCACCUGCACCAGAAGCUCCUGCUAAGUCCGGUCUUUCCUCUAAAGUUCAUUCUUACACUGAUUUGGCUUACCGUAUGAAAACCACCGACACUUAUCCAUCUUUGCCAAAGCCAUCAAACAAGCCUCAGAAGGCCAUUGCCGUCAUGACUUCUGGUGGUGAUGCUCCAGGUAUGAAUUCUAACGUUAGAGCCAUUGUGCGUUCCGCUAUUUUCAAGGGAUGUCGUGCCUUUGUCGUUAUGGAAGGUUACGAAGGUUUGGUUCGUGGUGGUCCAGAAUACAUCAAGGAAUUCCACUGGGAAGACGUUCGUGGUUGGUCUGCUGAAGGUGGUACUAACAUUGGUACUGCUCGUUGUAUGGAAUUUAAGAAGCGUGAAGGUAGAUUAUUGGGUGCCCAACAUUUGAUUGAGGCCGGUGUCGAUGCUUUGAUCGUUUGUGGUGGUGACGGUUCUUUAACUGGUGCUGAUCUAUUUAGAUCCGAAUGGCCUUCUUUGAUUGAAGAAUUGUUGAAAACCAACAGAAUCACCAAGGAACAAUACGAAAGAAUGAAGCAUUUGAACAUUUGUGGUACUGUCGGUUCUAUUGAUAACGAUAUGUCCACUACAGAUGCUACUAUCGGUGCUUACUCUGCCUUGGACAGAAUCUGUAAGGCUAUUGACUACGUUGAAGCUACCGCCAACUCUCAUUCAAGAGCUUUCGUUGUUGAAGUUAUGGGUAGAAACUGUGGUUGGUUGGCUUUAUUAGCUGGUAUCGCCACUUCUGCUGAUUAUAUCUUCAUUCCAGAAAAGCCAGCCACUUCCAGCGAAUGGCAAGACCAAAUGUGUGACAUUGUCUCCAAGCACAGAUCAAGGGGUAAAAGAACUACGAUUGUUGUCGUUGCUGAAGGUGCUAUCGCUGCCGAUUUGACUCCAAUUUCUCCAAGCGAUGUUCACAAAGUUCUGGUCGACAGGUUAGGUUUAGACACAAGAAUCACUACUUUAGGUCACGUUCAAAGAGGUGGUACCGCUGUUGCUUACGACCGUAUCUUGGCUACUCUACAAGGUCUUGAAGCCGUUAACGCCGUUUUGGAAUCUACUCCAGAAACUCCAUCUCCAUUGAUUGCUGUUAACGAAAACAAAAUUGUUCGUAAACCUUUAAUGGAAUCCGUUAAGUUGACCAAAGCUGUUGCAGAAGCUAUUCAAGCUAAGGAUUUCAAGAGAGCUAUGUCUCUAAGAGACACUGAGUUCAUUGAACAUUUAAACAAUUUCAUGGCUAUUAACUCUGCUGACCACAACGAACCAAAGCUACCAAAGGACAAGAGAUUGAAGAUCGCCAUUGUCAAUGUUGGUGCCCCAGCUGGUGGUAUCAACUCUGCCGUCUACUCAAUGGCCACUUACUGUAUGUCUCAAGGUCAUAGACCAUAUGCCAUCUACAACGGUUGGUCUGGUUUAGCAAGACAUGAAAGUGUUCGUUCCUUGAACUGGAAGGAUAUGUUAGGAUGGCAAUCCCGUGGUGGUUCUGAAAUUGGUACUAACAGAGUCACCCCAGAAGAAGCUGAUCUAGGUAUGAUUGCUUACUACUUCCAAAAAUACGAAUUCGAUGGUUUGAUCAUUGUUGGUGGUUUUGAAGCUUUUGAAUCUUUACAUCAAUUAGAAAGAGCAAGAGAAAGUUAUCCAGCUUUUAGAAUCCCAAUGGUCUUGAUACCAGCUACUUUGUCUAACAAUGUUCCAGGUACUGAAUACUCUUUGGGUUCUGAUACCGCUUUGAAUGCUUUGAUGGAAUAUUGCGACGUUGUUAAACAAUCCGCUUCUUCCACCAGAGGUAGAGCUUUCGUUGUCGACUGUCAAGGUGGUAACUCCGGCUAUUUGGCUACUUACGCAUCUUUGGCUGUCGGUGCUCAAGUCUCUUAUGUUCCAGAAGAAGGUAUUUCUUUGGAGCAAUUGUCCGAGGAUAUUGAAUACUUAGCUCAAUCUUUCGAAAAGGCUGAAGGUAGAGGUAGAUUUGGUAAAUUGAUCUUAAAGAGUACAAACGCUUCUAAGGCUUUAUCAGCCACCAAAUUGGCUGAAGUUAUCACUGCUGAAGCCGAUGGCAGAUUUGACGCUAAGCCAGCUUAUCCAGGCCAUGUACAACAAGGUGGUUUGCCAUCCCCAAUUGAUAGAACAAGAGCCACUAGAAUGGCCAUUAAAGCUGUCGGUUUCAUUGAAGACAACCAAGCUGCCAUUGCUGAAUCUCGUGCUGCCGAAGAAAAUUUCAACGCUGAUGACAAAACCAUUUCAGACACCGCUGCUGUCGUUGGUGUUAAGGGUUCUCACGUCGUUUACAACUCCAUUAGACAAUUGUAUGACUAUGAAACUGAGGUUUCCAUGAGAAUGCCAAAGGUCAUCCACUGGCAAGCUACCAGGCUCAUUGCUGACCAUUUGGUUGGAAGAAAGAGAGUUGAUUAA